CUUACUUAUCGAAAAGAUUUCCCAUCUCUCUCAUAUAUAUUCUUGUGCAGAGAGCCCCUCUCACCAAAACACUUUUCCAUCUAUACGAUAAUGUCGGGUUGCCGAGACGAAGAUCCUCGUAUCCAUGGCAUCAAAACUAAGAUUGGGGUCGUCCCCAAUUUCCCAAAACCAGGUAUUAUGUUUCAAGACAUCACUCCUCUAUUACUGGAUCCGAAAGCCUUCAAGGACGCAGUCGAUUUGUUUGUUGAGCGAUACAAAGACAAAAGCAUUUCAGUUGUUGCAGGAAUCGAAGCUCGAGGUUUUAUAUUUGGUCCUCCCAUUGCUUUGGCUAUAGGGGCAAAGUUUGUUCCCUUGAGAAAACCAAGGAAGCUGCCCGGUGAAGUUAUUUUUGAAGAGUAUGUUUUGGAAUACGGAAGCGAUUGUCUUGAGAUGCAUCUCGGAGCAGUUGAACCUGGAGAACGUGUUUUGGUGGUUGAUGAUUUAAUAGCCACUGGUGGCACACUCUGUGCAGCUAUGAACUUACUAGAACGUGUUGGAGCAGUAGUAGUUGAAUGCGCAUGUCUAAUAGAGUUACCGGACUUAAAGGGCCGGGGGCGUUUGAAUGGUAAGCCAUUGUAUGUACUAGUGGAAUACCAAUGAUCAUGGUUGAUGAUACAGUUUGCCCGCUAUUGCUCACCAUGAUGCCAUUUACAGUAGGAUAUUAUUUGGGUAUUUCCCAUCUGGAAUCUGAUUUUCAGAUCUCCUAUUCCCCUUCCCUUCUCUUCACCCUUGCCCCCCUUUUUUCGGCUCCAUUGUUAAUGGAUUUUGAUGUACCUCAUUUAUUGAUACCCUUCAUUUCACCUAUUAGUAUAGAACAUUGAAUUAUGGAAAGGAGUUGAUUUGAGAAAUGCUUGUAGUAGAGCACAUUUUUUGGUUGGAAAUGAAUUCAAUACCGCCUCUCAAGGGUUUCUUUGGGAUUGGAAUAGCUGUCAUGCCAUCAGAGUGUAGUUCGACCUUAAAACGGACAGAGACUUCGAACACAAAGUCGUUAUCUCUUGAAAAUAUUUGCAGCCUGAUAACUUGCUUCUUCCGUCAUUCUCGUUGUUGCACAUUUUAUAUCAGGCUUGCUGAAAGUUUGGGACUCUGAUCAAGUACACACCACAUCAAGGCUAUACUUACUCACACUUUAAAAUCUCCUCAUUAACUAAACUUGAAUAGGCCUGCACUUGCCUGAGAUGUUCAAGUUAUGAGACAAAAGUGAAGAGGAACAAAAGGGAGUCUGCACAAAGCAAAGCUAACAAUACAAUGCUGCUCAAUUCUUGAGGUUGUUUUCAAUAUGAGAGAGUGCUAUAGUCGCAAAGACUUUAGGCGUGUGAAUUUUGUAUCAACUUUAAACUAGCUGUAGCACCAACAAGCAACUGAGUUUUGUGGUGAAAUUUUCCAAAAUUCAGAAGCAAGCUGUGUUUGUUUGAGAGUUGCCGAGAA